AUGUCCACAGUGGAAGGUGAACCCCGUGCAGUGCUGAUCCCGAUUGCUGACGGGACGGAGGAGAUUGAGGCGAUUGCGGUGGCAGACGUUCUGACACGUGGUGGUAUGAUGGUGACGCUGGCGAGCGUUGGUCGCAAGAUGCAGAAUAUCGUGACCAUGUCGCAAGGAACGAAAGUACAGGGUGAUAUCGCCAUUGAAGCUUGUGUUGAUCUCAGUUUUGAUCUCAUCAUGUGCCCCGGAGGUCCUGGUGCUCAGCAUCUCCACGAUUCGGCCGAGCUGAUAACAAUGCUGCAAAAACAAAAACGGCAAGGCCGAUACUACGGUGGCAUUUGCGCGGCUCCAGCCGUUGUUCUAUUGCCCCAUGGACUACUUGAUUCUGGCCCGGCUACGACGUAUCCGAGCUACGAGUCGAAAAUGGUCGGAGUAGAUUACCGUCCGAAUGAGCGUGUUGUAGUUAAUGACAAGUGCAUUACUAGUCAGGGUCCUGGUACUGCCAUCGAGAUGGGAUUAAAGCUUGUUGAACUACUUUGUAGCCAGGAGAUGGCGCAGAAUGUGGCUAAGGCUUUAGUUGUGUGA